CGACCCCUGCUCUUCCAGAUGCUCCAUUCGGCGCCCCAUGGCCGCGAUAAGCUCCCGCGGCCUGGGACUUAACUUUUUCUCAUCCGUAUCGAGAUCGGUUUCGGGCCCCCGGGAUACAACGACGCCAACGACGCCAACGACGCCCUCUUUUCCCCAACACCUCCGAACCGCGCAUCUGAAAUUUGCGAUACCCCGCGGCGAGAGGCUGGGCUGACGGGCAAAUCACCAUGUUGGACCACAGCUCAUGAGAGUCUCCAGCCGAAUUGACGGGUCGAUAUGCGGCGCGAUCCUCUUCUUGCACCGCCCGUCGCUGUCGUCGAAUCGGUCCGCCGCCGCCGCAUCCCUUCCAACUUCCGCUCAUAGCCUCGGUGGAGGGCCUGUGCAGGGCUUCCGCGGCGGUUGUUGCACGGCCUGGCGACGGCCCAUCACCUUUCUGGCCUCCAGCUCCAGAUCAUUGGCGCCACAGCACCGCUCCGGCCUGAACCCUUCGACGCCCCGAGUCUCGACAACCACCCCCCUUGGCAGCCUUCCCAGGCCCUCCAUAAUACCUGAGGCUACUGCUACUACUACUACUUCUACUACUACUCGUGCCAACCACACGGCCGCCGCCGCCGAAACGUCUCCAGAUCUGGAGCUGGACGAUGACAACGACAACAACAACAACAACAACAACAACAACAAGGCCGACCCUCCACAACCCCAGUCGCCGCCUGCCAAACUGAAGAGACGCCCGAGCUACACUCAAAAGGAGCUACUCGCCCUCGUCGACCCCUACGAUGACGAAGAGAUCGGCGCUGUCGAGGACUACCUCCAGUACCUCCGCGACCCUUACAUGCGCGGCUACGCUCAGCCGGACGUGCCAAAAUUUUCAUUCGCCCGCACGGCCGAGGACUUUGAAUAUCCCACCCUCGAACAGGUGAUCGAGGCCGGCGAAGAGGAGCAGAAGAUCCUCUGGGAGCUCCGCUUCGCCGUGCUCAACCGCCUCCGGAGCCCGCACAAGGUCGACCUCGACCACAUCUACGAGAUCUACCGGCGCCUCCCCGAGCCGCGCAUGCUCUACAUCCACGCCCGCUUCCGCCACCAGCUGCUGCGCGCCCUCGGCCAGCCCGACGAGCGCGACACCCGGUCGAUGCUGCGCUACUUUGAGGUCAUUGCCGACGUCAAGAACACGGGGAUCCCGUUGACCACGGCCGAGUGGAACUGCGCCAUCGCCUUUGCCAGCAAGUACGUCGGCACCGUGACCGAGACCGAGGUCGAGACGGCCCUGAAGCUGUGGCGCGAGAUGGAGGUCGAGGCUGGCAUCAAGGCCACCAACGUCACCUUCAACAUCCUCUUCGACGUCGCCUGCAAGGCCGGCAACUUUACCCUCGCCGAGAUGAUCUACCGCGAGAUGGAGUCGCGCGGCCACUACUACAACCGCUACCACUACACCAGCCUGAUCCACUUCUUCGGCCUCAAGCACGAGACGGGCGGCAUGCGCGCCGCCUACCGGGAGAUGGUCAAGGCCGGCGAGAUGAUCGACACGGUCGUGCUCAACGCCAUGAUCGGGGGCCUGCUGCGGUCCGGCGAGGAGGCCCCCGCCGAACGGCUGUACGAACGCAUGAAGGCCGCCACGCUCAGCAGCGGCAGCAGCAGCGGCAGCAGCAGCAGCAGCAGCAGCGACGAGGGGGGCGGCGGCGGCGGCGGCGGCGACAACACCCCCCUGCCCGUGCGCACCCCCCCUUCGGACCGCGCCAUCACCCAGGCCCUCCUCAUGUUCGCCAAGAUCGCCCGGCGCCACCCGGCCUCCCGCGCGGCGCUGCAGCGCAUGGCGCCCCUCUCGCCGGACCUGCAGACCUUCCGGAUCCUGGUCAACCACUACGGCGUCAAGCGGGGCGACCUGGCCAAGACGGCCGCCUUCCUCGACGAGAUGAAGCUCUUCCGCAUCCCGCUCCACCACGCCAUCUUCCUCGCCCUCUUCAAGGCCUUCGCCCACCACGGCGGCUACCCGCGUUCCCCCUGGAGCGAGCGCCGCCUGACGGGCAUCUGGAACGCCCUGCUGGACGCCGUCGACGCCGGCGCCGCCGGCAUCGAGAUCAAGACCUGGCUCGCCGUCUGGGCCCUCCGCGCCUUCGCCCGCUGCUCCACCCGCCAGCGCGUCCUCGACGUCUACGACGCCCUCAAGGCCCGCUGGACCCUGAACGAGGCCGACGAGCAGUUCAUGAUUGACUUUCUGAGCAGUCUGCUGAAUAAUAAUAACAAAUAAAAAAAGGGGGUCCGGGUCCCCGGGCGGCUGGGUGCGGAGUCGGAGGCUGGAGGCUGGAGGUUGGAGGUUGGAGCAUGUCCGUAACUAAGGAGGAAGGAGGGGAGGGGAGGAGGCUCGAAGCGAG